UCGAUGUUUUCACUCCCACCUCCACGAUUGUGUUUAGUCAUUUUUAAUGUACCAUUAUCACAAUAAUUCUAGUGGAAUCUAGAAUGGGUGAUGUAACAAAUUAUUAAAAUGCCAUGUCACUAUUCCUGAUUACUGAAUGAGCGUAGUGAACGACAUCAUCAUUAAUGAUUUACAUCAGAUAGCUGCCCUACAUCCAAAUGUUCGGAUUCUCAACUUGGAUAUCCGUAAUACGGAAACUUUCGAGAAUUUCUCAAGGGAAGUAGAGAACAUUGUAAAAGACGAUGGUCUAAAUUUGCUCAUCAACAAUGCCGGUUAUUCACCAAAAUCCACAAGGAUACUCUUCUUGAAGACUGAGCAGCUGACUGAGACCUUUCAGACAAACGUAAUAGGUCCUAUUAUGCUAACCAAGGCCCUGCUCCCUCUCUUGAAAAAAGGCGCUGAAAACUCCCAAAAAAAAUUCUCCGCGGAGAGUGCAGUUAUCAACAUGACAUCUAUUCUGGGAUCUAUAGGACUCAAUAAAGAAGGUGGUCUCUACCCCUACAGGUGCUCCAAAGCUGCCUUAAAUAUGGCUACCAAGUCUUUGAGUCUUGAUUUGAAGAAAGAUGGUAUACUGGCUACUGCCCUUCAUCCUGGAUGGGUCAAAACGGAUAUGGGUGGUCCAGGAGCACCUCUAAGUGUGGAUGAGAGUAUUUCUCACAUAAUGAAUUUCAUUGAAAACUUGAAUGAAAAUCACAAUGGAGGUUUCUAUCAGUACGAUGGAAAAAGUUUAGAGUGGUGAAUAAGAAUUGAGCUAUUUUAAGAUUUAUACUGGUAUACAAUAAAUAUAUUUGGGAUA